AUGGACAUUUCAGAACUUUGUCUUCCAGACCCUCUCAGCUAUCAUAACCAGGCUUUGUUGUCCAAUUCAUUAGAGAGAUUCCUGAGUCCACUGGCCGCGCUGGAGCCUUCUCAUUUCUGGCUGCUGAAUAGAAUGGCCGCCGAUGACCGGCACCUUCCCUCCAGCUGUGGGUCCUACAUUAAAACGGAACCGUCCAGUCCGUCCUCAGUCAUCGACACGGUCAGCCACCACAGUCCCAGCGGCAACUCCGACGCCAGCGGUGGCUAUGUCAGCACUAUGAACAGCCACUCCAACGGCCUGGACUCUCCGCCCAUGUUCACCCCCGGCGGACUGGCGGCCGCCACCUGUCGCAAACGCUACGACGACUGCUCCAGCACCAUCAUGGAGGACUCGUCCAUUAAGUGUGAAUACAUGUUGAACUCCCUUCCCAAGAGGCUGUGCCUGGUCUGUGGAGAUAUAGCUUCGGGGUAUCACUACGGCGUGGCCUCUUGUGAGGCCUGCAAAGCCUUUUUCAAAAGGACGAUACAAGGCAACAUCGAAUACAGCUGUCCUGCCACGAAUGAGUGCGAAAUCACAAAACGGAGACGCAAAUCGUGUCAGGCUUGUCGCUUCAUGAAAUGCCUGAAAGUGGGGAUGCUGAAAGAAGGUAAGAAGAGGGUGCGCUUGGACCGUGUACGAGGGGGCAGACAGAAGUACAAGAGGAGGUUGGACACUGAAAACAAUCCAUACCUGGGCUUGGCGCUCCCCCCUCCUACCAAAAAGCCUCGUGAGUACUGCCCAUUGUCUCCCUUCUCCGUGUCCCCUCUUCUGCCGGCCCAGCAGUCAGUCACAAAGAUAGUAUCUCAUCUGUUGGUGGCAGAGCCAGAAAAGAUCUACGCCAUGCCAGACCCUACAAUGCCGGAGAGCGACAUAAAGGCUCUGACCACGCUGUGCGACCUCGCUGACCGCGAGCUGGUGGUCAUCAUCGGCUGGGCCAAGCACAUCCCAGGCUUUUCUACUUUGUCGCUGGGAGACCAGAUGAGUCUGCUGCAAAGCGCCUGGAUGGAGAUUCUCAUCCUUAGCAUCGUAUUUCGUUCGCUACCUUACGAGGACGAGCUGGUGUACGCCGAGGACUACAUUAUGGACGAGGAGCACUCGCGGCUGACGGGCCUGCUCGACCUUUACGUGUCCAUCCUGCAGCUGGUUCGCAAAUAUAAAAAGCUGAAAGUGGAGAAGGAGGAGUUUGUGACCCUCAAGGCCAUCGCGCUCGCCAACUCAGACUCCAUGCACAUAGAGGAUAUGGAGGCUGUCCAGAAGCUGCAGGACGCUCUGCACGAAGCCCUGCAGGACUUCGAGAGCAGCCAGCACCCGGAGGACCCGCGGCGGGCGGGAAAACUGCUCAUGACCCUGCCCUUGCUGCGGCAAACGGCCACCAAGGCCGUGCAGCACUUUUAUAGCAUCAAGGUGCAGGGCAAGGUUCCCAUGCACAAACUCUUCCUGGAGAUGCUGGAGGCCAAGGUCUGA